AUGGUCAAAGUUUUGGCAGUCCUAUACGAUGGCGGCAAGCACGCCGAGGAGGUGCCCGGCCUCCUGGGAACUACCGAGAAUGAGCUCGGCCUCCGCAAGUGGCUCGAGGACCAGGGCCACACCCUGGUGACCACCUCGGACAAGGAGGGAGAGAACUCGACCUUUGACCGCGAGCUGGUCGAUGCCGAAGUCAUCAUCACCACCCCCUUCCACCCCGGCUACCUCACCGCCGAGCGCCUGGCCAAGGCCAAGAAGCUCAAGCUCGCCGUCACGGCCGGCAUCGGCUCGGACCAUGUCGACCUCAACGCGGCCAACAAGACCAACGGCGGCAUAACCGUGGCCGAGGUAACGGGGUCCAACGUGGUGUCGGUGGCCGAGCACGUGGUCAUGACCAUCCUGGUGCUGGUGCGCAACUUCGUGCCCGCCCACGAGAUGAUCGAGGCCGGCCGCUGGGACGUGGCCGAGGCCGCCAAGAACGAGUUCGAUCUCGAGGGCAAGGUCGUCGGCACCGUCGCCGUCGGCCGCAUCGGCGAGCGCGUGCUCCGCCGCCUGCGCGCCUUCGACUGCAAGGAGCUGCUCUACUACGACUACCAGCCCCUCUCGGCCGAGAAGGAAAAAGAAAUCGGCUGCCGCCGCGUCACCGACCUCGAGGAGAUGCUCGCCCAGUGCGACGUCGUCACCAUCAACUGCCCGCUGCACGAAAAGACCCGCGGCCUGUUCAACAAGGACCUGAUCGCCAAGAUGAAGCCCGGCAGCUGGCUGGUCAACACGGCGCGCGGCGCCAUCGUCGUCAAGGAGGACGUCGCCGAGGCCCUGAAAUCCGGCCACCUGCGCGGCUACGGCGGCGACGUGUGGUUCCCCCAGCCCGCCCCCGUCGACCACCCGCUGCGCACCGCCAAGAACCCCUUCGGCGGCGGCAACGCCAUGGUGCCCCACGUCUCGGGCACCUCGCUCGACGCCCAGAAGCGCUAUGCCGACGGCACCAAGGCUAUUCUCGAGAGCUACCUGUCGGGCAAGCUGGAUUAUCGCCCGGAGGAUCUGAUUGUGCAUGCGGGUGACUAUGCCACCAAGGCGUAUGGUCUGCGGGAGGCGGCGAGUGGGAAGUCUUGA